AUGUUCAACCACACAAAGGAAUACAAGGAAGGCUUGAAAGUGGCGAUCAUCGGGCAGAGUCAGUUUGCUGUCGAAGUGUACAAGCUGCUGAGGAAGAAUGGACACCGAGUCGUCGGGAUAUUCACCAUUCCGGAUGUUAAAGGGAAGCAAGAUCCGCUUGCUCAGAUCGGCCAGACGGAUGGAGUGUCGGUGUUUAAGUUUGCCAGGUGGAGGAACAAGGGAGUGGUGCUACCUGAGGUCAUGGAGACCUACAAAUCCUUGGAUGCUGACUUGAACGUCUUGCCCUACUGCAGUCAGUUCAUUCCAAUGGAAGUGAUCACCCAUCCGAAGCACCAAUCCAUCAUCUACCAUCCGUCCAUUCUUCCAAGGCAUAGAGGAGCUUCUGCUAUCAAUUGGACCCUAAUACACGGAGACAAAAAGGCAGGUCUGACGGUAUUUUGGGCAGACGACGGCCUAGACACUGGCCCCAUACUCUUGCAGAAAUCUUGCACUGUUGAACAAAACGACAGCGUCGACUCGCUCUACAACAGAUUUUUAUAUCCAGAAGGCGUAAAAGCUGUUGGUGAGGCAGUUGAGCUGAUAGCUUUAGGUCAGGCGCCAAGCAUCAAGCAGACGGAAGAUGGCGCAACCUACGAACCAAUCUUAAAGAAGGAGAUGGCCAAGUUGGAUUUGAACCUGGCAGCGGAGAGCAUGCACGAUUUCAUCAGGGGGUGUGACACUGUUCCUGGAGCGUGGAUGAAUAUUAAUGAGCAGAAAAUCUCUUUGUUCGGAUCGAAACUUUGGACGAAAAAAAUUCCCACACGCGGUCGCCAGUUCGAUAUUGAUGGUGCCUCUGACGGGAGGAAGGCCAUCGUCACCAGUGAGGGCAUGGUCAUUCCCGAUGCUUUCGGGAAAGCGGUCAUUGUCUCUAGACUUCAACUUGAGAGUGGGAAAAUGAUCCAGGCCAACAAAUUUGGUGAGGUUGAUGAAGUCGUCGCUAUAGAAAUGACCUCAGACGAAGAGGUCAUAGUUCAAAAUGUCAAGGGUGUGUGGAGAAGAAUUCUGAGUCUUGGUGAUGUUGACAGUGAAACGGAUUUUUUCAAAUCUGGCGGUGGAUCCAUGCAAGUUGUUAGAUUGGUUGAAGAAAUAAAAAGUCAACUAACGAAUGUCGACCUGCAGAAUGCAGACGUGUACAUGAACAGCACUUUCGACGAAUUCAUCAAGUUAGUUGUCAUGAAAAAUCGAGGCAUCUCAUUGGAGAAAGAAUUUGUUUACGAUUCGAUCGAGAUGAUGGUGAACAAUCGUGCCAUCAGAUUCCCCCACCAACUCUUCAUCAACAACGAGUUCAUCCACUCAUCUGACAAUUCCACCUUCAACACCAUCAAUCCUGCUACUGAAGAGGUCAUUUGCAAAAUUGCAAAGGCCACAGUUGAUGACGUUGAAUACGCCGUUGAAGCUGCUAAUGAAGCAUUCGAAGGCGAGUGGGGAAAGAUGAAUGCCAGGGAUAGAGGCAAGCUGAUGUACAGAUUGGCGGAACUAAUGGACGAGCAUAAAGAGGAACUGGCGAUACUAGAGAGCCUAGAUUCGGGGGCAGUGUACACCCUGGCCCUGAAGACCCACAUCGGGAUGUCCAUCGACUCCUUUCAUUACUUCGCUGGAUGGUGUGACAAGAUACACGUCUGUCUGUUUGUUUGCCUCUUGCGGUCGACUGGUUUGAUGGAUGGAUUGGUUUUUGGCGAACUUGUAGUGAAGGCUGGUUUCCCGCGUGGAGUCAUCAACAUUCUAAAUGGAUCUGGGCCGGUAGUUGGUCAAGCACUGUCCAACCAUCCACUGGUCAGAAAAAUUGCAUUCACUGGUUCUACGCCUGUUGGAAAACUAAUUAUGGAGAGCUGUGCAAAGAGCAACUUGAAGAAAGUGUCGCUUGAAUUAGGCGGGAAAUCCCCACUCAUCAUCUGCAACGACUGUGACCUAGAGAAGGCCGUCAGACUUGGCUGCAGUUCAGUCUUCUUCAACAAAGGCGAGAACUGCAUAGCGGCUGGUCGCCUGUUCGUUGAGGAGGCUGUGUACGAUGCCUUCCUAUCUAAAGUGGUCGAAGAGGUCAAGAAGAUGAACAUUGGCGACCCGCUAGACACAUCCACAGACCACGGACCACAAAAUCACAAGGCUCAUUUCGAUUCAUUGCUGUCCUACUGCGCCAAAGGUGUGGAGGAGGGGGCCACGCUGGUUUAUGGUGGCAAAAGAGUUGACAGGAAAGGUUAUUUCAUGUACCCGACGAUCUUCACGGACGUCGAUGAUUGGAUGACCAUAGCGAAGGAGGAGUCGUUCGGACCAAUCAUGAUCAUUUCCAAGUUCAAUAACGGCGAUUACGACAACGUGCUUCGGAGAGCUAACGCCACCGAGUACGGCCUGGCUUCUGGCGUCUUCACGAACGACGUGAGCAAGGCGAUGCGACUGGCAGACGGUCUGCACGCUGGCACCGUCUUCAUCAACACCUACAACAAAACCGAUGUGGCCGCGCCGUUCGGUGGCUUCAAGCAGUCAGGCUUCGGAAAGGAUUUAGGUCAAGAAGCCCUCAACGAAUAUCUCGUCACGAAAACCAUCACGCUGGAGUAUUAAAAAAUGUGGCCGAUGUCGAAGCUGCUGCUACCGCUGCUGCAGCUUUCGUUUGCUAUUGUUUAUUAUAAGCAUUAUUAUUUAAUAUCAUUGUUGUUGCGUUAUUUUGAGUUUUUAUUUUUUGUUAUUCAAAAUUUUCAAAUUGUAACGGAAAAACAGUUAAACAUUUUUAUACCAUUUUUCAUUUGUUUUAAAUUUUUUUUUUGUUAAAAACUGUUUACAAUUUAUUUUCUAAAAUAUUUUCAUCUGAAAUUGUAAAAAAAAA